UCGAGAGCCAUCCUGGAGGCAUGUCUGCCCCUUCACGGGCUUGGAGGCUGCGCUUGAACCGCCACUGGCCGUUUGUGUGCGAUCCAAUUACUGUUAGCAUGACGUACGUUUUCAUCGUAGCAAGACUCUCCCGAACAGAAUUCAAGAGGCGGCAUCUUCGCGGUGGUCCGGAAAGCGUGGUGCGUGUUGGGUGAGACGGAAGGAGAGCUGAGAGAGGCAGGUGUGAGGGGACGAAGCUGGUUCUUAUACUUGCGCUAGGGUUUUGAGGGCGCAGUCAUCGGUCAGGACUCCACCAUCCACUUAACCAUGCUCAGCGGCAUGAAGCUGUCAUCCUCCGUCUUAAUCUUGAGGAUGCCACAUGAUUGGAGUACGACCAGUGUACAUGCACUCCCGACUCAUCCUCUGAUAUUCUUCUGGGUGACCGCACCUAUCUCGCAUUGCAGGAUAGGCAUCAAUGCAGUCUAGAGUAUCGACCUUUCAGUCUAGUUUGAUGACUUUGUGGUCGGACUGCGGUCAUGACAGAUGAAAGUUCUUCCGGCAGUGCUGAUGAUCUGAGGUGUUUUCGAUUUGUAUGUUGUUGGGUUGAUGUAUCUACAAAAAUGGUGCAGGA